GACUAAUGAUUACUUAAUCUUGUAAGUAAAACUGAAUUUACAUAUUUAACAGUUUUUUCAAUAUACAUUUAAUUUACCAAUAAUGAGUCAAAUUGCACAAGUUAUUCUAGAAACUCUUCAAAAUAAUGGUAUUUGUACAAAAGUUUUGAAUAAAACGGCUUUGUCAGGGGGUUGCCUUAAUGAUGCAUUUAAGCUAUCCACAGACACGGGUAAUGUGUUCGUAAAGACAAAUAGUGGGUCAAAUUCUCGUCUAAUGUUCGAAGGUGAAUCAGAGUCGUUGAACGCGAUACAUGAAGCAGUUCCAGGAUUUGCGCCAAAACCAUUAUGUUUUGGAACAUUGCCUAACGAAGGUGCAUUUAUUGUGACGACAUAUAUACGACUCUCAACCUCGAAUUCAGCGUCGAUACAGAUAUUAUUUGCUAGGAAAUUAGCUGAAAUGCACUCUUCACAAUCUCCAAAUGGAAAAUUCGGAUUUCCAGUUAUGACGAUGUGUGGCAUUACAGAACAAGAUAAUACAUGGGAAGUUGAUUGGCCAACAUUUUAUAAAGAACGAAGAUUAAGACCUAUAUUAGAGAAAUGUCUACAAAAUAACCCAGGGGACAGUGAAUUACGUAGACUUGGUGAAAUAGUGAUAGAUAAAGUUGUUGAUCAUAUAAUGAAAGAUAUCGAAAUUAAACCUGUAUUAAUUCAUGGAGAUUUAUGGAGUGGAAAUUGGGGCGUUAAUUUAGAUGCAAAUGAACCAGUUAUUUAUGAUCCUUCUUCUUGUUAUGGUCACAAUGAAUACGAACUUGGUAUUCUGACUAUGUUUGGAAGUCCCGGAAGUGAAUUUUUCCGAGAAUAUCAUAAAUAUCAUCCACGUCAGGAACCUUACUUUGAACAACGACAAGAAUUGUACCAAUUAUACCAUUACUUGAACCAUUACUAUUUAUUUGGUGGAGGAUAUCAACGAAGUGCAAUUUCGAUCAUGCGAAGGCUAUGUGAUUUGGUAUAAUGAAAUUUGUACUUAAUUUUUUUAUUCAUCAUACAAUUUAAAAGUCGAAAAUUCCUAAUCUUGGCAGCAAUGAGGGCGUAAAUGUCAUGUGACAACAGAACACCAUUUGAAUAAGCACAAAUAAAAAACCAAAGGAUUUACAUUUUACAUAAACCUAAAGUCGGCUAACUAU